GGAAGCUAAAUAUGUGUGAGCAACAAAAGGUUCCAACCAUAGUUAAACUUACCCCAUCUUACUGCAUCAUGACAGUUCCAUGGAAUGCUAGAACUCAACUUUUUCUUGCCAACAUGUUCUUUGCACUUACUCUUCAUAUAUAUGAGGUCUCAUCAAAGCUGUGUUCUAAAGAGGUUUGAUCAUGACAGACAUAUUUGAAAACCAACCAUCACCUGAUUCUUCAAAUUAUGCAUCAAGCAGUGGCUUCUGUGUGGAAGACAAGGAGAUUGGAUAUGGAGCUGCAACAUCAAAACAUAUAUAUCUUUUGGCCAACAAAUCUGUUCUCCACUUCUUUUCCAUCAAAAUUGACCUGAAUUAUGCUCGCAUGGUAAUGGCAGAGUUGGUGGGUACUUUUAUUUUGAUGUUCUGUGUAUGUGGAAUCAGUGGAAGCACAGAAAUCCAAAAGGGUGCAGUGGGCCUUGCGGAGUAUGCAGCUACAGCAGGGUUAACAGUGGUGGUGGUAAUUUUCUCUAUAGGGCCAAUAUCUUGUGCGCACGUUAACCCAGCUGUCACAAUAGCCUUUGCUACAAUGGGUCAAUUUCCAUGGUUGAAGGUUCCAGUUUACAUAAUAGCACAGACAGUAGGUUCUAUGUCGGCAACAUACAUAGGUAGCCUUGUAUACGGCAUAAAAUCAGAUGCUAUCAUGACCAUGCCACUCCAAGGGUGCACCUCUGCCUUCUGGGUGGAGCUUAUUGCAACUUUCAUCAUCAUGUUCCUCGUUGCAGCUUUGACAUCUGAAUCUCAAUCAGUGGGCCAUUUAUCUGGCUUUGUUGCUGGUGUAGGAAUUGGCCUUGGUGUGCUAAUCACAGGACCAGUCUCAGGUGGAUCAAUGAAUCCUGCAAGAUCGUUAGGUCCGGCAAUUCUGUCAUGGAAGUUUAAGAACAUAUGGAUAUACAUGGUAGCCCCGAGUGGUGGAGCUGUGGCAGGAGCUGCAAUGUUUCGCUUCCUACGCAUUCGAGACCAACAUUCUACUACGUUGUUCUCCCCAAACAUCAGUGUCGCUGGUCGUCCCAUACCCUUUUGCUCAAGGAGAAGUGGGGCCAUGAUUUUGCUGGUAGAGAAAAUUUGGAGUUUGUUCUGUCAAAGAAAAUGUCAUGGGAAGAAAAAUAUCAGAUGGUGCAUAUCGAAAGAAUAGUGUGGUUACAAAAUAUUUCAUCUAUAAUGAGAAUUGUUUUUUAUAAGCACAUGGUUCAAAUU